GCGCGGCGGCUCCGCUCCCCACGCGCGCCUGCCGGGGCGGCUCCUGCAUGCGGGAGCGGGGCGGCUGCAGCUUGUGCCCGGCGGUGGCGGCGGAACCCGUGCCUCGCCAUGGACUGCAGCCUCCUCCGCACCCUCGUGAACCGAUACUGUGCUGGAGAAGAGAAUUGGGUAGACAAUCGGACUAUUUAUGUUGGGCACCGCGAACCCCCUUCAGGCGCUGAAGCAUAUAUUCCACAGAGAUAUCCAGAUAACAGAAUAGUUUCAUCAAAGUACACAUUUUGGAACUUUGUACCGAAGAACUUGUUUGAGCAAUUCAGAAGAAUAGCUAACUUUUAUUUUCUCAUCAUUUUUCUUGUUCAGUUAAUUAUUGAUACACCAACCAGUCCGGUAACAAGUGGACUUCCACUGUUGUUUGUCAUCACUGUAACAGCUAUUAAACAGGGUUAUGAAGAUUGGCUUAGACAUAAAGCAGACAAUGCAAUGAACCAGUGCCCUGUCCAUUUCAUUCAGCAUGGCAAACUGGUUAGAAAGCAAAGCCGAAAAUUAAGAGUUGGAGAUAUUGUGAUGGUAAAAGAAGAUGAAACGUUCCCAUGUGACUUAAUAUUUCUAUCAAGUAGUCGAGGGGAUGGAACAUGUUUUGUUACAACUGCUAGUUUGGAUGGUGAAUCUAGUCAUAAAACUUACUGUGCUGUUCAAGAUACAAAAGCAUUUCGUACCGAACAAGAAAUUGAUGCACUGCAUGCUACCAUUGAAUGUGAACAACCUCAGCCUGACCUUUAUAAAUUUGUUGGUCGAAUAAAUGUUUACCAUGAUAGGAAUGAACCUAUUGCCAGGCCAUUAGGAUCUGAAAAUCUGCUUCUUAGAGGAGCUACUUUAAAGAACACAGAAAAAAUCUUUGGUGUUGCUAUAUACACUGGCAUGGAAACUAAGAUGGCAUUAAAUUACCAGGCAAAAUCACAGAAACGAUCUGCUGUAGAAAAAUCAAUGAAUGUAUUCCUGAUUGUAUACCUCUGUAUUCUAAUAAGUAAAGCAUUAAUAAAUACAGCCUUGAAGUAUGUCUGGCAGAGUGAUCCGUUUCGUGAUGAACCAUGGUAUAACCAGAAAACAGAAUCAGAAAGGAAAAGAAAUCUGUUUCUUAGAGCAUUUACCGACUUCCUUGCGUUCAUGGUUCUUUUCAACUACAUUAUUCCUGUAUCCAUGUAUGUUACUGUGGAAAUGCAGAAGUUUCUUGGUUCUUAUUUCCUUACGUGGGAUGAAGAAAUGUUUGAUGAGGACACAGGUGAAGGCCCUCUGGUGAAUACUUCUGACCUCAAUGAAGAGUUAGGGCAGGUUGAAUAUGUCUUCACAGAUAAAACAGGAACAUUAACUGAGAACAACAUGGAAUUCAUAGAGUGCUGCAUUGAAGGGCAUGUUUAUAUACCUCAUGUCAUCUGUAAUGGGCAAAUCCUCCAUGAUUGUACUGGCAUUGAUAUGAUUGACUCUUCUCCAGGAGCAAGUGGGAAAGAGAGAGAGGAGUUGUUUUUCCGAGCUCUUUGUCUUUGUCACACUGUUCAAGUGAAAGAUGAUGACAACAUAGAUGGACUAAAGAAAAGCCAGCUGUCGAGAAGGCCUUGUAUAUAUAUAUCCUCAUCACCAGAUGAAGUUGCUUUAGUGGAAGGAAUACAAAGGCUUGGUUACACAUAUCUAAGGCUGAAGGACAACUUUAUGGAAAUUUUAAAUCGAGAAAAUGACAUUGAGAGGUUUGAAUUACUAGAGACUUUGAGUUUUGAUUCUGUAAGGAGACGAAUGAGUGUAAUUGUUAAAUCGGCAACAGGUGACAUUUUUCUCUUUUGUAAGGGAGCAGAUUCUUCAAUAUUUCCUAGAGUUAAAGAGGGCAAAAUAGAUCAAAUACGAUCUCGGGUUGAGCGCAAUGCAGUGGAGGGACUCCGAACACUGUGUGUUGCAUAUAAGAAGUUCACACACAAAGAGUAUGAUUUUUUGCACAAGAUGCUUCAGAGUUCAAUGCUGGCCCUGCAGGAUCGGGAAAAGAAACUGGCAGAGGCAUAUGACAAGAUAGAAAAGGAUCUUAUUUUGCUUGGUGCUACAGCUGUUGAAGACCGACUACAAGAAAAAGCUGCUGACACUAUUGAAGCACUCCAGAAAGCUGGCAUUAAAGUUUGGGUUCUGACAGGAGACAAAAUGGAAACUGCUGCAGCCACUUGCUAUGCCUGCAAGCUCUUCAGAAGAAACACACAAAUACUUGAGCUAACCACGAAGAAAAUUGAGGAACAAAGUUUACAUGAUGUGCUGUUUGACCUAAGCAAAACUGUCCUUAGGCAAAGUGGCAGCUUAACCAGGGACAGCUUCUCAGGACUUUCAGCUGAUAUGCACGAUUAUGGUUUAAUUAUUGAUGGAGCAGCAUUAUCAUUAAUAAUGAAACCCAGAGAAGAUGGGAGCUCGGGUAACUACAGAGAACUCUUCCUUGAAAUCUGCAGAAACUGCAGUGCAGUGUUAUGCUGUCGAAUGGCGCCUUUGCAGAAAGCACAGAUUGUAAAACUGAUUAAAUUAUCUAAGGAACAUCCUAUCACAUUAGCAAUUGGUGAUGGAGCAAAUGACGUCAGUAUGAUUCUUGAAGCACAUGUUGGUAUAGGAGUCAUUGGAAAGGAAGGUCGUCAGGCUGCAAGAAAUAGUGACUAUGCAAUACCUAAAUUUAAACAUUUGAAAAAAAUGUUACUUGUUCAUGGGCAUUUUUAUUAUGUGAGGAUAUCAGAACUUGUGCAAUACUUCUUUUAUAAGAAUGUCUGCUUCAUUUUUCCUCAGUUUUUAUAUCAAUUCUUCUGUGGAUUUUCACAACAGCCUUUAUAUGAUACUGCAUAUCUUACACUGUACAAUAUCAGCUUCACUUCCCUUCCCAUCCUUUUGUACAGUCUACUGGAACAGCAUAUUGGGGCAGACAUGCUCAAGAGAGAACCUACCCUGUACAGGGAUAUUGCCAAGAAUGCUCUUCUGCGCUGGCGUGUGUUCAUUUAUUGGACAUUUCUGGGAGUAUUCGAUGCUAUGGUAUUUUUCUUUGGUGCCUAUUUCUUGUUUGAAAAUACAUCUGUUAGCAGCAAUGGACAGAUGUUUGGAAACUGGACUUUUGGAACGCUGGUAUUUACUGUGCUCGUAUUUACAGUUACAUUAAAGCUUGCGCUAGAUACACGCUACUGGACAUGGAUAAAUCACUUUGUGAUCUGGGGAUCAUUACUGUUCUACAUCAUCUUUUCCUUACUCUGGGGAGGAAUUAUCUGGCCUUUUCUUAAUUAUCAAAGGAUGUACUAUGUGUUCAUGCAGAUGCUGUCUAGUGGGCCUGCAUGGCUGGGUAUCAUUCUGCUCAUAAUAAUCAGUCUUCUUCCUGAUGUACUCAAGAAGAUCUUAUGCAGACAGUUGUGGCCCACAGCAACAGAAAGAAUCCAGAAUGCAUCAAGGCAGCAUCGGGACCACAUUUCAGAAUUCACACCUCUUGCCUCUAUGAAAAGCCCCAGAUACAGGAGCAAUGACUGCAGCAGUUCCCCACCAAGAAGGUCUAAUUCUCAUUCUAAAAAAAUGAUGUUUACGCACUGGAGAGGCAUUGAUUAUUCAAUACUUCCAUCUGUCUUUGGCUAUUCAAAUAAGCCUUGCAAUUCCAGUGCAAGUUACUGCUACAGUGGGUCAGGUUUGGAAACAUCUGUAUGACAGAUCACCAAUUCAAGCCUUUAAGAACUGUAUUUUUUUGUUUAUUUCUUUUUUGCAAAUACGGAAAACAAA